UGUUUUGUGGGACACACUGUAUAAUACCGUCAUUUACAACGCGCACUGAUACCUGUUCCUAGCAGACAGUUUAUACAGAUAGAUAGAUAAACACCGGUAAUAUAACUGUAGAUAGAUAGAUAAUGUAGGUAGAAUCAUGAACCAUAUCUCCUGGGUGUACACACACCUGUAACCAGUGUAGUAUUAUGCCUAGACUAACCAGGAUAUUCUCAAACAGAAGAUAUUGCACCAUCCUCAUUCUUAUUUCAGCUUUCAUCCUUACUUUUUAUAUCUUGUCUAAACCCAACCCUGCUCCAGGUUCAAGUUCAACUCCUACCCGGAGACACCAGGAGGAGUAUAUAGACAGGAAGGGGAUUAGAGUUAUAGUCGGACACUAUAAGGAGGAGGACGGUCCUGCUCCAAACUUUACUCAAUCAGAACUUAAUUUAAACAGAUAUUCUCCUGUAGCUGGAGCAGGGGACGGAGGACAACCUGUUCUAGUGAAGAACCAUCAGCAAAUAAUAAGUAAACGGCUCUGGUUUCUAAACCAGUUUAACCUCGUGGCCUCAGACUCUAUCUCUGUGGACAGAAACCUCUCCGACGUGAGGUCAGAGGACUGUAGAAGUCUCCGGUAUCCGGUCUCGUCCCUUCCUUCAACCUCCGUUAUAAUCGUAUUUCAUAACGAGGCCUGGUCUACACUCGUUCGGACUAUUCAUAGUGUCAUAAAUACUAGUCCUCGUCAACUACUUCAAGAAAUAGUUCUAGUGGAUGAUGCAUCUGAGCGAAGUUUCCUGAAAGAAGAAUUAGAGAAUGAGAUUUCAUCACUCUCCGUCCCUACCAGGGUAGUCAGAUCUAGAACUAGGAUAGGUCUUAUUAAAGCUAGACUCAUGGGUGCUAGAGCCUCUCAGGGAAGCGUUCUCACGUUUCUUGAUGCUCACUGUGAAUGCACAAAAGGAUGGUUGGAACCUCUGUUACAUAGAAUAUGGGAGUCCCCGACGAGUGUAGUGAGCCCUGUCAUAGAUAUCCUAAAUGAUGAGACGUUUCAGUAUACUAAAUCCUUCUCUUUGCACUGGGGAGCAUUCAACUGGGAACUACACUUCAGAUGGUUCACCAUGGGAACCAAUAUGAUUAACAAGAGACGGUUUAACAGCACCGUACCAUACGGAACUCCUGUAAUGGCCGGAGGACUGUUUAGUAUUCUCUCCGAGUACUUCUGGUCCUCUGGAUCCUACGACGAGGAGAUGGAUAUCUGGGGAGGAGAGAACCUGGAGAUGUCCUUCAGGAUUUGGCAGUGUGGAGGCCGGGUUGAGAUAUCUCCGUGUAGUCGAGUUGGACAUGUGUUCAGAAAAGCAAGUCCUUAUACCUUCCCUCGUGAGGGUGGAGUAGGUGCCGUGCUACAUGGAAACCUUGCUCGUCUUGCUAAAACCUGGAUGGAUGAUUAUGCCAAGUUUUAUUUCAAGAUUAACCCUAAGGCAAGUCAAGCUUCUCUCUCUCAAGAUGUUUCUAAAAGACUGGAAUUGAGAAGAAAAAUGAACUGUAAAUCUUUUGAAUGGUUUCUGGAGACAGUUUGGCCGGAAAAUUUCUUCCCACGCCCAGGACAGUUCUUUGGAAAACUGUUGAAUAUAAAUGAAGGGAAAUGUUUACAGAAACCAAGGAGAAGACCUGGAUCACAUUCAUCGCAACCCUCAGGACCAGCAAUACUAGAGAACUGCGUUAAAGAACAGUUCUACGGAGAACAGAUGUUUACGAUGAACAAGGACGGAUAUCUAAUGGGAGAUGAAUCUACAUGUUUAGAUGCUCCACAGUGGAGGGAACCUGAUGCUGGAGUAAGGUUCUCCGCCUGUAGUGAACAGGACAGACAAGGUUGGGAGUUCUCCGAGAUAAACUCUGACAUGGUUCAGGUUAAACAUAAACUUAGUGGACUCUGUCUUUCCGUCCCGUCCAGCGCAACCAGUGAUUCUAUAAUCCUGGAGAAAUGUUCGGAUGGAAAGAACCAAGUUUGGAAGAAGGAAGUGGAGUCCUGGUGAAAUCUAUGGUUGUGUGAAGUUAUUAGGAAGAGAAGAGUAGAGCAAAGUCCGGAGAGGAACUGAUAAGAAAAUCGUUCCUUAAUCCUCAUUUCCAGAUCAGUAGAUGAUUGAUGAGUUUUAAACAACUCAGAAUAUAAUCCUUGUGAUGAUUCUUGUCAGAUAUGCACAGUGCUAUCCACAAAGGAUGAGACUUUAGAAACAAAUUUACGGAAUUAACUUGGUUCUCUGUCACUGUUAAUUUGUUUCAUGUCCAAAUCAUUAAAUAUAUUGUUUAAAACUAUAUGCGAAGUAAAAAACAAAUCUCAGCCUUCAAAUCGUUAUAUAUUUUAUAGUUUUAGAUCGUCAAAAAAGGUCUCAUCCUUUAUGGUUAACCCUGUAUUACAUCAUUAAAUAAGAUAUUCUCUUUUAUCCUCUCAGAGAUGUACUUAUCAAAAGAAAAGAAUAAAGUUCAAAAUGUUCAAUGUUAGAAUAAUAAGAUCCAACCUACACAAAAUGGAUUAAUUCUUCUUAAUUCAGAACGUUAUUUUUUUAACUCUUUAUCUUUUAUCUUUUUUGUGUUGAAUACUCAUAAUACCGAUCGCUUGAACUCGAUAUCCACUGCAGACACUUUUGAUUUGAGGACCGAUGCUUGAUUUCUUCAUUUCAGUUAUUCCUCCAGGGUACGAUUACCAUGCGGGAUAUUGAAUAGAGUUUAAAUUAAUCUGCGGAUUAACAAAAGAUCGAGGUCUGAACAAAAGAUCGAGAUCGAGAUCUGAACGAGAUCGUAUUUGAUCUAGAUAUCCACAAUGCAAGAGUUCCCAGCUCAGAUCUAAAUAUCACCAAAAAAACAAUGAUAAUUGAAAAGUAAAAUUAGUAUAAUUCAGGAGAACGUUUAAUCGUCAGGAAUAAAUCGAAUUUUUUUAAGCCAAUAAGCCGGAGCUUGAUUUAUUUCAGCGUUUAAAUAAAUAUAUUUUAACAUUGUU